AUGGCGGCUAGAAAGCCUUUUGAUGUGACGGUUGACGCCUUACCCGUCAUGAAAAUGGUUGGUUUCGGCUCCUCAACCAUGACGGGUGGCCUAUGCUCUUCCUUUGAUGAUGAUGAUCCAUCUUACGGUGAGCUUCACCCUGACCUAGAUCUCUUUUUCGAUGAUGAAAACAAGGUCCUUUCCGAUUUAGAUUUCCCUUUUGACCAUGAUGGAGAAGAUGACGAAAUUCAAAUGGACCCUGACUACAUUGACAAUGACAAUGAUGAUGCGUUCUUUGAAGCCGAUCCCGACUAUCUAUUUGACCCUGACAAUGAACCACCCAUUCUAGCAGAUCAAGACUUUCUUUGCGACGACGAUGAGCCUAUUGAGAUCGACCAUGAUUUCUAUGGAGAAGAAGAGUCGUUGGAAUUCAAGUCCACGCUGGAAACCACAAAAAAAUACAACUAUGACAAGCCUAUUUCCACGCUGGAGACCGAGCCUUCUGCCGACGGCAAGAAAGAGCCACGCCCAACCGAAAGAUUGGUGUUUGUUGUUCCCUCAAUGAUACAUAGCAGUAGCACCAUCUAUCUUGUGGCCUUCGGCUUUACGCAGCAGUUUAGCAGUUUGGCUGGAGCGCCGCGAAGGAACAUGGACCUCCAAGAAGCGUCGUUGCUGACUUGGACGGAGACUGGUGAGGCUGCCACCGUCAAGAAGUCAAAGAAGAAGAGAUCCACCGAUUCCUCUUUCCUUUCCUCUGGUCCAUCGAACAAGAAGAAUACAACAACGACGCCUUUGCGUGCAACUCUUCCCGCCAAUGACAACACGAUCCAACGAUCCAACAACAACAACAAAAACAAAAAGCAUUGCGCCGGAUUCAGCUCCAUCGAGUCUACAUUACCAAGUCAGCGACUCUACAUCCAUCAACGAUCUAGUAGUACCGGUACCGGUACGUUCGAAUGA